UUACGGUUUUACUUCAGACUCAAUCCAACGGCUGAGAUCUUCCCAAAGUCCAAAUCUAGGGCUUCCGAGAAAUAAAAAUAACAUUUCCGUAAUAUAAAAGCAGAGAAAGGCAAAACCGCAAGACUCUCUCUUCCAUCUUCACCAAUUCGUCUCGCCUACAAUCUCUCUACCCAGUUUAUUUUUCUCUUAUCUCGCCGUCGCAGGCUUCGCCGCCGGCAAGCAGCUCUUACCCUUUUUCAUCUUCCCUCUCCUCUGAUAUCCCCAAAAAGAGAAAAAAAAAAAAAACAGAAAAAAGUAAAACGAAAAAAAACUCAAUCUGUGUGUGUGUUUUUACUUUCCGCUUCAUUUCUCCUUCGUUAUCGUAUCCGAUUUGGUUUUCAGUCUAAAUAACGAAGAGGGGAGGGAAGAGUAAUUCAAAACCCCCAAAAAAAAAUCGAAAAAAGUUUUCAAAAAUCCAAAAAAAAAAAAAGAGAGAGAAUGGCUCAGGUUCAGACUGCGAACGGCACCAGUGCGGCGGCUCCGGCCCAGAUCGGCACGACGUCUCUCUACGUGGGAGAUCUGGAUCUCAACGUGACUGACUCGCAGCUUUUCGAGGCGUUUAGCCAGAUGGGUCAAGUGGUCUCGGUUAGGGUUUGCAGAGACUUGGCCACUCGCAAGUCGCUAGGGUAUGGAUACGUCAACUUGGCCAAUCCCCAAGAUGCUGCGAGAGCAAUCCAGGAAAUGAAUUUCAUGCCUCUCUAUGGGAAACCUAUAAGAGUUAUGUACUCUCACCGUGAUCCUAGUGUUCGCCGAAGUGGUGCUGGUAACAUAUUCAUCAAGAAUUUGGACCUGGCCAUCGACCACAAGGCACUCCAUGACACCUUUUCAACCUUUGGGAACAUUGUGUCGUGCAAGGUGGCUGUGGAUGCUUCUGGCCAGUCCAAAGGCUAUGGGUUUGUGCAAUAUGCCGACGAAGAAUCCGCCCAGAAAGCUAUCGAGAAACUGAACGGCAUGUUACUCAACGACAAGCAAGUGUAUGUGGGUCCUUUCCUCAGGAGACAAGAAAGAGACUCGUCUGCCAACAAAACCAAGUUCACCAACGUGUACGUGAAGAAUCUCGGGGAAAGUACUACCGACGAUGACUUGAAGAAGGCUUUUAGCGAGUAUGGAAAGAUAACAAGCGCUGUGGUGAUGAAAGAUGGAGAAGGGAAGUCUAAGGGCUUUGGCUUUGUCAACUUUGAAAACGCUGAUGAUGCUGCCAGGGCUGUGGAGGCUCUCAAUGGUCACAAGUUUGAUGACAAGGAGUGGUAUGUUGGUAGAGCCCAGAAGAAGUCCGAGAGGGAAACGGAACUUAGGGUCCGUUAUGAGCAGAACUUGAAGGAAGCUGCUGAAAAGUUUCAGAGUUCAAACUUGUAUGUGAAGAAUCUGGAUCCUAGCAUAUCUGACGAGAAACUCAAGGAGAUAUUCUCUCCUUUUGGUACCGUUACGUCUUGCAAGGUGAUGCGUGAUCCUAGUGGAAUCAGCAAAGGUUCGGGUUUUGUUGCUUUCUCAACUCCCGAAGAAGCAACCGAAGCUAUGUCGCAGUUGAGUGGUAAAAUGGUUGAAAGCAAGCCACUCUAUGUUGCUAUUGCGCAGAAGAAGGAAGACAGAAGGGUCAGACUACAGGCUCAGUUUUCCCAACCGAGGCCAGUUGCAAUGCCGCCAUCUGCUGGCCCUCGCAUGCCAAUGUUUCCCCCGGGGGGUCCUGGUAUUGGACAGCAAAUGUUCUAUGGUCAAGCCCCUCCUACCAUGAUUCCUCCCCAGCCCGGAUAUGGAUACCAACAGCAGCUUGUUCCGGGGAUGAGACCAGGUGGAGGCCACGGACCCAAUUACUUCAUGCCUAUGGUUCAGCCACAUCAGCAGCGUCCUGGAGUUGGGGGAAGACGCCCUGGAGGGAUCCAACAGUUCCAGCAGCAACCUCCCAUGAUGCAGCACCAGAUGCAUCCAAGGGGUCGGAACAUCCGGUACUCCCAAGGGCGUGGUGUUAGUGGUGGUGAUGUGCCUCCAUAUGACAUGGGCAACAACAACAUGCCAUUGCCCAUUGGAACUUUGGCUUCAAAUCUGGCUAAUGCUUCUCCAGAGCAACAGAGGACGAUGCUGGGUGAGAAUCUGUACCCGUUGGUGGAGAAGCUCGAGGCAGAGUCUGCAGCCAAAGUGACUGGGAUGCUUUUGGAGAUGGACCAGACGGAAGUUCUCCAUCUUUUGGAGUCACCAGAAGCUCUCGAGGCUAAAGUUGCAGAGGCAAUGGAUGUUCUGAGGAGCGUUGCUGCUGGUGGUGCAGCCGAGCAGCUCGCUUCCUUGAACCUCUCUUAACUUGCUUGUGUUUUCCAGUUUGGUCUUUGCUUUUUAUUAUGUUCUCUCUCUCCCAUACAAUUACAGUUUGAGACUUGCAGUUGUUUCGUUGCUUUUGUGUGUGUGUUUUAAACUUCAUUUAUGAAUUUAAAAGUUAAAACUUAUCUGCU